UUUAAUGAAUCAGUAAAGAAGAAAUUUUAGAGUUCGAUUCUCACAUUGCUACACAAUAAGACUAGAUAUGGGCGGUAGAGCAAAUUUUGGAUGUCCAGUGUUGAAGAUUGCUAUGGCUAUGGGUGCUCUUUUGUUAUGUGCUGCCGCCCUAGGAGAAAUGGAUGUACCAUCAAUAAAUAUAGGUGCUAUUAUCGCCUUGGACACAACUAAUGGAAAAAUAGCCAAGACUGCUAUCGAAAUGGCGGUUGAAGAUGUAAACAGAAACGCCAGUCUUCUGAAUGACACGCUCCUCAAUAUUGAUAUCCGAGACUCCAAACAAGAUGCACUCAUAGGCGCUUCUGCAGCAUUGGAUCUGCUCAGAAAAGGAUGUGUAAGCAUAGUCGGUCCACAAACCUCCGUGGUGGCUGAGUUUGUAGCGUAUUUGGGCGUUGCAGCGCGUGUUCCAGUUGUAACAUUUGGAGCAACAAAUCCCUCUGUCUCAAUGCAUCGAUACCCUUACUUCGUUCGUAUGGUGCCCAGUGAUACAACACAAAUGACAGCAAUAGCAAAGCUGAUAGAAAAGUACAGAUGGAGGGAUGUGGCGCUUGUGUAUGUAGAUGAUGAUUUGGGGACGGGGGCCAUUCCCGCCUUAAACGAUGCCUUGCGACAGGUUGAGGCAAAAAUUGUUUUCAAAGCUGCAGUCUCUCCCAAGGCGAACGUCUCCGCAAUGCGAAGGAUACUUGAGCAUAAGCUUAUGAAGCUGGAGUCGCGAGUAUUCAUCGUGCAUAUGCAUCCUGAUUUGGCCCUAAUCCUGUUUUCCGAGGCGUACAAAUUAAGAAUGAUGAGCAGUGAGUAUGUAUGGAUCAUUACCGACGGAUUGGCCAGCCUAUUAGAUUCGUUCAACGCCACUUCUCUCCUCUCCAUGAACGGUGUGGUGGGGGUUAAAAGAAAGCUCACACAAACCAACCUGCCAAGGCUGAAUGAAUUUGCUAGAAGAUGGAAGAAGCGGUUUAAAGCCCAGAAUCCUACAAUACCAAGCCUGGAAUUAAAUGCCCGUGCGCUUGUUGCAUAUGAUACAGUGUGGGCAAUUGCUAUCGCAAUCGAUCAUCUCCUGCGUAUGGAAGCAUUCAAUGGUAACUUUUCAGAGGCUUCUCGCAGCACCAAAUUUCUGAAUUUCAAGGGUUUUGAGGGUGGAGAGCAGUUGCUUAAUCAGAUCCUAGAGACAAACUUUCUUGGCCUGAGUGGUCCUGUUCGAAUUAGUAAAGAAAGCGGAGAUCCUCUGGAGAGCUCGUAUGACAUUAUCAAUGUUGUUGGCAGUCGUAUUAAUGUAAUUGGGUCAUGGACAGAAAGGGGCUUGAAUAUUACUUCAACACAAGUAGUUAAUUGGGGUGGUGGAUCAGGAAAAACACCACGUGGGUGGGAGAUACCUACACCAGGCAAGAAACUGAAAAUAGCGGUGCCUUGGGAGUCAGGGUUUUCACAAUUCGUCAGCGUAAAACCAGUUCAAGCCAAGGCAGGUGCACUAAAUAAGACAUAUGAGAUUAAAGGCUUCUGUAUUGAAGUGUUCAAAUCGGUGCUCAAGAGAUUGGAUUAUGAAUUGCCAUAUGAAUUGAUACCUUAUGGAACUGGCAAUGUCACCGAGGGCUACUAUGAUGACCUCGUCUACCAGGUCUAUCUCCAGAAAUUUGAUGCGGUAGUGGGAAAUGUAGCAGUGAUAGCAAAUCGGAGCAAGUAUGUAGAUUUCACACAGCCGUACACGGAGACGGGACUGAUAAUGGUGGUAGCAAAUUCAGACGAGGGAUCAAGUGACCCUUGGGCCUUCCUGCUCCCAUUUACUCCGGCCAUGUGGAUAACUACUAUUGCAUUUUUCUUCUUCACGGGAGGAGUUGUUUGGUUUCUGGAGCACAAGCAAAAUAGGCAAUUCAGAGGGAAUCCUCGGAAUCAAAUCUUGACAUUCAUCUGGUUCUCUUUUUCCACACUCUUCAAGACUCAGAGGGAGAGGAUUGUGAGCAGUCUGGGCAAAGCAGUGGUGAUAAUUUGGUCUUUUGUAGUUUUAGUGUUAGCGUCUAGUUACACCGCCAGCCUGUCGUCAAUGCUUACCGAGAGGGAAAUUGUACCAAAGUUUGAAAGCCUUGAAUCUCUCAUUGUCCAAAAUUUGCCAAUCGGGUAUCACCGGGGAUCUUUCAUAGACAAGUAUUUGGAACAGCAGUUGGGUGUGAACAAAAGUUUGCUUUGCCCAUACUCAUCUGUACAAGAGUACACAAUUGCACUGAAGAACGGACCCACCAACGGAGGGGUAGCCGCCAUAUUUGACGAUCAAACUAUUUCUCAAAACACAUUUCUAUCAACAGGAUGCAAUGCCUAUGCCAAAAUUGGUCCUACGUACAGAACAGGAGGCUUCGCAUUUGUGUUUCCAAAGGGGUCUCCGCUGGUUUCAGACAUUUCCAAGGCUAUAUUAAAUCUCUCAGAAAGCACAGAGAUGCAGGAAAUAAGGAAAAGGUGGUUCAAUUCAAGUGAAAGCAAAUGCAAUGCAGAGUCUGGCGGACUGGAAUCAAACAGAUUGAGCCUCAACAACUUUUGGGGUGUAUUUUUGCUGACAGGAUGUGUGUCAUUUCUCAGCCUGGUCUACUAUUUCUGUCGCCUACUUUACCGGUUUGUGUACAGAAGCGAUAAUUCAUCUCAUGUUAAAUCCAUCUGCUCCCGAUUGCGAACGUUUGCCAAUUAUGCAGACCAGAAGGACGUCCCGCCACCAAAAAGAAAGAGAUGUGAAACCGCCAUUUCGUCAAAUGGAACCGCCGCCUCCAAUUCCUUUCAAAUCACUGUUUCAGCAGGACACAUAUAAGCGGCACUCCAUAUCAACUAAAACUACGCUAGCUUGUAAACGUAUCUUGACCACAAAGAGUGAAGACUGGGUCAACUUAAAUUAUCAUGUCCAUGGCUAAUUGCAGUACUGCUACUGAUACAAUAACGGAUAAGUCAAGCUCACUGUGACAAUUUAUGUCUAGUCUUUGUAAUUUGGUGAGGUGUGCAAUGCAUGUAUGUUACUUCCCUUUUUUAAUAAUUAAACCUUUAAUAAAGAAAUGUUU